AUGGAGAUAAUGCUGCUCUUCCAAGGCUGCAACGACAGGCAGAAUUUGCAUCCAGUGGAGAUCAGGGACAUAAAUGACAAUGCUCCUGUUUUCUCUGUGAAUGAACAAAUACUGAGUAUAGCAGAAGUUAUAACAGCACCUGGCACCAGGUUCCCAUUAGAGGGAGCCUCUGAUGCUGAUAUUGGUGCCAAUGCUCUGCUGACAUACAAGCUCAGGCCCAAUGACUAUUUCACUGUAGAACAGAAAACAGAUGACCACCAUAACAAUCCCUUAGCAAUUGUUUUAAAGAAACCAUUGGACAGAGAAGAGAUCCCUACCCAUCAUUUAUUACUCACAGCCACGGAUGGGGGAAAACCAGAACUCACUGGCACAGUCCAGCUGGUGAUCAAUGUGCUGGAUGCCAAUGACAACCCUCCUGUUUUUAACCAGUCAGUUUACAGGAUAAAGGUGUUAGAAAAUGCAGCAAAUGGGACAUUAGUUGUUAAAUUGAAUGCCACAGACUUAGAUGAAGGAACUAAUGGGGAAAUCUCCUAUUCUUUUUCUACACAUGUAGCACCAAAUUUUCGGAAGAUUUUUAGCUUAAAUUCCAAUACAGGGGAAGUAACAGUCAGUGGAAGGGUAGAUUUUGAAGAAAGAAGUGUAUAUGAUCUUCAGGUUGUAGCAGAAAAUAAAGGCAAUCUUCCCUUGUCUGGGCACUGCCAAGUGAUCAUCGAGGUGUUGGAUGUGAAUGACAAUGCUCCAGAGGUGUCAGUUUCAUCCCUUUCAGUGCCAGUCCCAGAGGACUCUCCACUGGGGACAGUGGUGGCCCUCAUUAGUGUGUCAGACAAGGACUCUGAGGCCAAUGGACAAGUGACAUGCUCCUUAUGGCCCCCUGGCCUUCCCUUCAAACUGACGUCCACCUUCAAGAAUUACUAUUCCUUAGUAGUGGCUGAGCUCCUGGAUCGGGAACGAGUGGCUGAGUAUGGAUUGAUGGUUAUGACACAAGACCAUGGAGUCCCAUCAUUGUCAGCCAGUAGUACUGUGAUUGUGCCAAUUAGUGACAUCAAUGACAAUGCACCAGCUUUUGCUCAGCCCUCCUACACAGUCUUUGUAAAGGAAAACAAUCCACCUGGUGCUCACAUCUUCACAGUAUCUGCGUCCGACUCAGAUAUGGCUGAGAACAGCCUAAUCAGCUAUUGGAUAGAUGAAAAACUUUGGCCUUUGUCAAGCUACAUUUCAGUGCACUCAGAGAGUGGGAAGCUGUAUGCUUUGCAGCCUUUGGACUAUGAGGAUCUGAAGCUUUUGGAGUUCCAAGUGAAUGCCAAAGAUGCUGGACUGCCCUCCUUGUGUGGCAACGUAACUAUUCAAGUGUUUGUAGUGGAUGAGAAUGAUAAUGCACCCACAGUGACUGGGCAGAAAGAAGAGAACUCUAUCCUUCUAGUGGUCCCUGUGGCAGCUGGGCACAUGGUGGGUAAGAUUCGUGCCCUGGAUGCUGACUCAGGAUACAAUGCGUGGGUGCGCUACGAACUGCAUGAAGUGACCAGUGGACCUUGGCGUGUGGGCCUGUAUAGUGGUGAAAUCAGUACUAUCCGUUCUCUGGAUGAGACAGAGGGGAGCAGGAGUCACAACCUUCUGGUAAUUGUGAAGGAUCAUGGCAAGCCCCAACUGUCUGUUACAGCUACCUUGAGUGUGUCACUAGUGACAACUGCCCAGGCCAUUAAAACAGAUAUCCGACUUCCCAGGAGAGAUGAGAACUCAAAGCCUCUGGUAGACACUGUCAAUGUAUACUUGAUCAUUGCCAUCUGCUCAGUGUCCAGCUUGUUCCUUCUGGCCAUUGUCGUGUAUGUGGCUCGCGCUGCCCUGCCCAGCGAAAGAGGCAAUGGUGUAUGGACCAGGCACAGCAACUCUGGUCUGUGCCAGUGAGUUAGGCAGCUGGUCAUAUUGCAUCGCCACAGCCACAUCCUGGCAGAGUGA